AGAUCAGCUAACCUAUUCUUCUCCUUGUUGAGUGUUACUCCGCUUCUCCCCGCCCUAGAAAUCUAUAAAACUGCAGUCUCUGUUACUCCCAACAUCUGCUUCUUAACGCAUUAAUCGUAGCAGAAGUCAAGAAAAGAAGGAGGAGUUCGUGUCACCUUUCAUCUCUUAGAGUAUCAUGGCUGAUGAGGAACAGAAACCCCUCCCAUACGUACAAGAGACGGUAUUGAAGAAAAGGAAAAAUAAUGAAGAGUGGGCGAUAAGAAGGAAAGAGCAGCUGGGACAAAAGAAGCUGAGAAGUAAAGAAAAUCGAAAGCUCAUCUUCAAAAGGGCCGAGCAGUAUAUCAAAGAAUACCGAAACCAAGAGCUGGAUCUUGUUCAAAUGAAACAUAGGGGAAAGCGGCAAAAGUCAUCGCCUGUCGCACUCAAGUCCAAUCUGCUUUUUAUCAUCCGAAUUUGUGGAACAAACGAUAUGCAUCCAAAGACUAGGAAGAUACUUCACUAUUUGAGGUUGAAGAGGAUCCUUGCUGGUGUGUUUGUGAAGGCAAAUGAUGGGAUAAUGGAUAUGCUGCGCAGGGUGGAACCCUAUGUGACAUAUGGAUAUCCUAAUCUGAAGAGUGUGAAGGAGUUGGUUUACAAGAAGGGUUCUGGAAAGAUAGGUGGGCAGAGGGUUCCUCUCACUGAUAAUAAUAUUAUUGAACAGGCACUUGGAAAGCAUGGUAUUAUAUGCUUGGAAGAUAUUGUGCAUGAGAUUGCUACUGUUGGCCCGCAUUUUAAAGAGGUUGUCAGCUUUCUGUGGCCCUUCAAGCUCAACAAGACAGAAGAUGUGCAGGGAAAGAAAAAGAUGUACAAAGAUGGGGGUGAUGCUGGCAAUCGUGAAGAUCACAUCAAUGAUCUCAUAUCUAAGAUGAACUAACAUCACCAAUGCAAGUUCAUCUACCUUGGUCGCAGGUUAAAAAAAUUAUAUCAUCACAAGCUCUGAUGACCUGCUGCCAAGCUUGAGCUUAAUGGUCUACUAAUUCACAUUAGCAUUCAGAUUAUCCUGUUACCUCAAGGUCAAUGAUCUCUUCUUUUUUUUUUUUUAAAAGGAUUGCAUCAGAUAGCAGUUUUGUCAACCCAUGUAGUAUUUGCUUAUGAAAAUUUUGUUCCGUGGAAUAUGUUGUAUUAUUUAUGUCUAACUCCCCAGGGAAAGUAAUGCAUCUUUCUCUAUAGUAUUGUGGCAUUA